AUUUUAUUUAAUUAUUUUCAGGGCGCUAGCUAGAGAGUGAAAGCGCCUGCGCCUCAGGUAGACUGCUAGAGGAUGCUGUGUCAGCUGUCGUGGCAUAAGUUCAACCCUCCACCCCGCAUGAGUUUCACCUCCAGCGUGGAGCGGACCUGCAAGCGGUUAAUUGUAGCCUACCUGCUGCUCAAGAAAGAUGAUGCGCCGAGCUUCACACCGUUUUCUUCACCUUCUUUGGCUAUUUUUUGUUCAAAUUUAUGCGUCCAGUGAUUUGCCCAUAUGCAAAGAGUCCGACUACCACUUUGAGUACACAGACUGCGAUGUGCUGGGGUCUCGAUGGAGGGUGGCGGUGCCCAACAAACCAGACACGUGCACAGGCCUUCCUGACCCUGUCAAGGGCACACAGUGUACGUUCUCCUGCAGCGAGGGGGAGUUCCUGGACAUGGGAAGCCAGGAGUGUCAGAAGUGUUCUGGUGGGACCUACUCUCUGGGAACGGGCGUGGCCUUCGAUGAGUGGGACAGCAUGCCGGCUGGCUUCAUCUCACACGGGAUGAACAUGAACAUAGCUGACAUCUACACCAACUGCUCAAACUCGACCUGGAUACCGAAAGGCGACUACAUUGCCUCUAACAUAGAUGAGUGCACCUCUACCUUGUCCUACGCGGUGAGCCUGAAGAAAGCAGGCACUGUGUCCUUUGAGUACUUCUACCCAGACAACACCAUCUUCUUUGAAUUCUAUGUUCAGAAUGACCAGUGCGAGUCCACAGACUCUGAGGGUCGCUGGAUGAGUACCUCAGAGAAAGACUGGACUCCCCACAAUUUGAAGCUGAAUCGAGGCAACAACGUGCUCUACUGGAGGACCACGUCUUUUGCACUGGUGGGCAGUGCUGUCAAACCUGUACUGCUUCGCAACAUUGCUAUCUCAGGGGUUGCCUAUACGUCAGAGUGUUUCCAUUGUAAACCUGGGACCUACAGCGCCAAGCCAGGCUCUGCUCACUGUACCCCCUGCCCUGCUGACUCCUACUCCAACAAGGGAGCCACGGUGUGCCAGCAGUGUGAAGUAGACAAAUAUGCAGAGGCCGGAUCAGGGAGCUGCAAGCAGAGGCCUGCAUGUACCACCAGUGACUACUUCUACACACACACCCCAUGUGACUCCAAAGGACAGACCCAGCUGAUGUACAAGUGGAUCGAGCCAAAGAUCUGUAGUGAGAUCGUUGAAGGGGCAGUGGAUAACAGUACUGGAGGAGCGGUGAAGCUACCAGCCUCUGGACAGAUGGAGACCUGCCCUCCCUGUAACCCUGGCUUCUCUGUCACCAACACCUCAGGCUGCGAGCCCUGUCCUCACGGAUCCUACUCCAAUGGAACAGCCUGUGCAGAGUGUCCUGUCGGAACAGAGCCGGUGGUGGGCUUUGAGUACAAGUGGUGGAACAAGAUGCCCGACAACAUGAGGAGCUCUGUCUACAGCCGGGAGUACAGCGACUCAGUCAGGAGCACGGGAUGGGAGGUGGCAGGAGAGUACAUCUACACCACCCAAGGGGAUCUGGACUCUGACUACAUGAUGCUCUCACUCACUGUCCCUGGAUACAGGUUGCCUCACUCGGUGGCUAAAGAUGAUGAGAGGAGUGAACUGUCGCGGAUCUCCUUUGUCUUUGAGACCCAGUGCACCGCUGAUUGUACCCUCUACUUUAUGGCCGGUUACAGUGAGAGGACCAAUGACAUGGUGGAGCACUGGAGUGGCACGACCAGGAAACAGUCCUACUCCUACCUAGUGAAGAGCAACAGCACCGUCAGCUUUACCUGGGGCUUCCAACGCACCCAAGCCUACAGUGAGGUGAGGCAGUACAGCGGUGACUUUGCCAAGAUGUACACUGUCCAAAUCACCAACGUGGUGGGUGGUGUGGCCUCUCAGUGUCGCCACUGUGCCUUGGGCUCCGGGUCGGCCUCAGAAUGCGUCCCCUGCCCUCCAGGCCACUACAUGGUCAACGGGACAGGCGUGUGUAAGAGCUGCCCUCCCAACACCUUCAUCAGGGCUGAUCAGACCGUAGGGGAGGCAGCCUGUAUCCACUGUGGACCCAAUACGCACAGCAACAAGGCCCACUCAGCCUGUGUUAGCGACUGUAGACUGGACCUGCAGUCCACCGGCGGAGGAGAGGUCCUCCAAUAUGACUUCACCCCCCUGGCUAACAUCACCAGCUUCCAGAGCAGUCCACGCUUCACCAGUAAAGGCCUCCGAUACUUCCACCAGUUCAGGGUCGGUCUCUGUGGAGAAGAGGGCAGAGAGGUGGCGGUGUGCGUGGACAACGUGACAGAGAGCAGGAAGGAGGUCAGAGGUUACGCCUGCCAGUCCACUGUGGUGCCCUCUGAGGUUAGAGGUCAGAGUGUGGUGUCAUCACAACCCUUCACUAUCGGGGACACACUCAUUGGGGUUACCUCUGACACAUCUCUGGAUAGCAUUGCCUCUCUUGAGAGCUCUUUCAUUACCAAGUCCAACCUGCCUGAUGUCAUUUUCUACUACAGGUCCAGUGAAACAACACAGGCGUGUAAAAAAGGAAGGACAACCACCAUCAGACUGAGAUGUGAUCCUACAGUGACAGGCAAAGACCAGAUUACACUCCCAGGUAAAUGUUCAGAGGGGACGUGUGACGGUUGCUCCUUCCAUUUCCUGUGGCGGUCUCCGUAUGCCUGUCCACUCUGUACAGAGAGCCACUACAGAGAGAUAGUCAGCGCCUGCAUUCAGGGAAUACAGAGAACCACCUACGUGUGGCAGCAGCCCCUGCAGUGUACUGGUGGUGUGUCCCUUCCUGCCCAGACGGUCAGUGCCUGUGUGACCCUGGACUUCUGGCUGAAGGUCGGAGUGUCCACAGGGACGGUCGCUGCCGUACUGCUCAUCAGCAUCAGCUGCUACUUCUGGAAGAGAACUCGCAAACUGGAAUAUAAGUACUCCAAACUGAUGAUGACUGCUGGAGAUAAGGAGUGUGAGCUGCCUGCUGCAGACAGCUGUGCCAUCAUGGAGGGAGAAGAUGCAGAGGACGACCUCAUCUACCUCACCAAGAAAUCCUUCUUCACGAAGAUCAAGUCCUUCUCCAGAGAGAGAUCGUCAGAUGGAUUUGACUCUGUUCCCCUGAAGUCAUCAUCAGGUUUGGAGAUGGAGAUGAGCUAGAGCGAGGAUUCCCAAAUGUUUUUUUAUGCUGCAGCGCCCUAAAAAUGAUAAGCCUCUGAUGGACCCCCCCCAGUUUGGAAACCCCUGAGCUAGAAGAGUACCCGAAACCUCCUUCAACCUCUGGAUGAAGGAACACAUAUGGGAUGUAUUAAUUAUUCAUCGAGUUGAAAUGUAAAGAGCCUUGCAGAUAGAAAUGUAUUAAAUAGAGUUGACGAUUUCCUGGACCCCAUUCUACCUGUUCUACACAAGUAGGGUUUCAAAAUUCCCAGGUUUUCCAGAAAUCCCAGGUGGAAGAUUCCUGGAAUCAGGAGGGAAUAAGCGGGAAAUCUGGGAUUCCUCCAACCAGGAUUUCUAGAAAACUUGAGGAAAGUUACCGGAAUUCUGCAACCCUAUACAUUUCUAUGGGAACGUUCUGCAAUGUUGCACCGUCCUGAACAGUAUGAAUGUUGCUCCCCUGACUGCAUAGCACCAAUGGACAAGAAGCAUAUAUUCUAAACCAAACAGAAAGGAAUGAAUGGAACAGCCGGAACAUGAUGGAAGUCUUUAUAAGUUCACAGAGAGAUGAACAGAGCAAACCUUUUGUUCAGAAACACUCUCAAUUUAAACCCUCAACAUCUCUGGGAUGUUGCAAGGACUAGAUAAUGGGAUUAUUUUUUUCAUCUGAAGUUUUUUAUGUAUUUGGUCAUAUCAAAACAAACGCAUGUUUCCAGAAGGAGAAUACAUUUCCUAUGAAAUCGUGUUGGUGUUUUGUUGCUCUGCUAAUAGCAAUACAGUUUGCAGCCAUGUAGAAACCUUAAUGGGUACCUGAUCUUUUAUGGUGAGAUUUAUUUUCAACAAUAUUUUUGAUGUAUUUUCACAAAACAUGUGAACCUGUGCUUUUGUUGAAUUAAUUAUGUCUUACAGUAACGUGUGCAUUUUCAUUAUUAAAGGCCAUUAUGGGUCUUCCUUGUGGCAAUACAUCUUUAAAAUAUAUGUAUUUAAAAAGAAAUCCAACUGUCUGUUGCCAAAAUUAUUUGGUUAAAAAGCAUUACUGUAUCUUAUUUCUACUCCAGUACUGGGGUAUAGUUUUAUUUGAUUUGGAAAUGGAGCCAUUUACUUAAUGUUUGAUAUGUUUCAUUUAUUGACUCUUGAAAGUAAUUUUCUUAGCAUUAAAUUCACUGUUUGUCUAUGCUCUUAAAUAAACUUCUGAAAAAGG